GCGGUAAUGCACCAAGAGGGAAUCAAUAGAUAAAGUCAUACGACCGAGGAGGACUCUCAUCAGCACCAUCUCUCGGAAUCCAUUCCCAGCUGAAUAUUUGUUUUUACCUUGUCGACGACACACACACACAGCCCAAACAGCGAUGGAUACCUCCGGAAAAGAGAAGGAGGCCAUGCAGCUGAUGGCCGAAGCAGACAAGAAGGUCAAAUCCUCCGGCUCGUUCUUGGGAGGGAUGUUCGGGGGAAGUCACCACAAAGUAGAAGAUGCAUGUGAGAUGUACGCCAGAGCAGCCAACAUGUUCAAGAUGGUCAAGAACUGGACCGCUGCUGGUAAUGCGUUCUGCCAGGGGGCCCGGCUUCACAUGCAGCUGCAGAAUAAACUGGACUCAGCCACCAGCUUCGUCGACGCAGGAAAUGCUUACAAGAAGGCUGAUCCUCAGGAGGCUAUCAACUGUAUAAAUGCAGCCAUCGAUAUUUACACUGACAUGGGUAGGUUUACUAUCGCAGCCAAACAUCACAUCACCAUCGCAGAGGUGUACGAGUCUGAGCUGGUGGACAUAGAGAAGGCAAUUGCCCACUAUGAGCAGGCAGCCGAUUAUUAUAAAGGGGAGGAGUCCAACAGUUCUGCUAACAAGUGUCUGCUGAAGGUGGGCCACUACAGCGCUCAGCUGGAGCAGUAUCCGAAAGCUAUUGAGAUCUACGAGCAGGUGGCCACCAAUACUAUGGACAACCCCCUGCUGAAGUAUAAUGCCAAAGAGUACUUCUUUAAAGCCUCCCUCUGUCACUUCAUUGUGGACGAACUCAACGCAAAGCUGGCCAUAGAGAAGUAUGAGGAGAUGUUUCCUGCUUUUGCAGACUCCAGAGAGUGCAAGCUGCUGAAGAAGUUGCUGGAUGCCCAUGAGGAGCAGAACUGUGAGGCGUUUACUGAAGCUGUUAAAGAGUUUGACUCCAUCUCUCGUCUGGACCAAUGGCUCACCACCAUGCUGCUCCGUAUCAAGAAGACCAUCCAGGGAGAUGCUGGAGAUCUCAAAUAAAGAGAAAAGAGGGGUGGGUUGGGGGGGAGGGAUACAGAAGGGAGGGAUAGAGAAAGAUCUAGGUAGGGAGAGAGGAUGGAGAGAUGAAAGAGAUGGAGGUGAGAUAUAGGGUUAGGUCAGUGGGGUGAAGGGAGACAGGUCUAUGUGUUUGAUGUGUUCAGUGUAAAGAACUCCAUGACUCUGUAGUUCAUCAUGUCUUACCAUAUCUCCCCUCAGACUCGCACACUGUCAAAAACCUUAGCUGUUUCAACUUUACAAGUAGGAGUUACCCAGGAGUUGAAAAAAAAGUGGGGUACUCUUACACUCAUGUUUUUAAGGUGAAUCAGUACACUUUUUUUUUUACAGUGUAUGACACACUUAACCUUCCUAACGUCUCCACUGAAUAUCUUCCCUUGAUUGGACCCUGUACAGGUUCAUGUUUUAAAGUGUAGGGCUAUACAGAUAGUGUAUGUAAAGUGUAUGUAAAGGUCGUGUGUGUGUGUGUGUGUGUGUGUGUGUGUGUGUGUGUGUGUGUGUGCGUCCAAUGUAUCACAUUGAAGCCAAUAUAUCUGUGCCAAUGCUUGUUGUAGUUGUGUGUGUGUGUGUGUGUAUGUUUGUGUGUGUACGCAUGUGUGUGAGAGAGAGAAACCAAAGGGAAUGAACACUUGUUCUGUGGGACUGUAUCAUGGUCAUAUAACGGUGUGUUAAUAAUUCUUGUCAAAACGGAGUCCUCUGUUAUAAAAGUGUUUCUAUUGAUUAUUCUCCUAUGAAAAUAUGUAUAUAUGUUUGAACCCUUUACUUUCCUCUCCUCUUGCCCCUCCCUCAUAUCACAACACUCCUCCCUACACGCUUCUCCCCUAACACCUAGACAAUCCUCCUAGCCCCUUCACACUUCCACUAGCCUCUACACACUUCCCUUAACCCCUGGACCCUUAUGCACUACCCCAUAGACACGUUCCCUAGCCCGCUAGACGCUAAUGAUCUGGAAGAAAUUGGAUAGGUAUAAGCACACAUUCAAUUCUCUCAGAUCUACACAGGUGUUAGGAGUCAGAGGUUAGGGCAAGUGUCUGUGUUGUAGUGUGUUGCUGUGUUGUGCUUUUGUGCUGUGUGUGUAUUCCUCUCAGCAUGUUGCCAUGGUAAUGAUGUGUGUGUUCAGUGUUAUUGUCAAACUAUAGGUUAUCUCAAUGUAUCGCUAUGUUCAUUAUCACGUGCAUAAUGUACAAAAAAUUAAACUUCAACAAACUUG